CAAGCCCCUGCGAUUGUUGUUCUCCAUGUCAUGUCAAAGUGCUCAAAUACUAGCACGUUGGGUCACCAACUGUGCUCGUAACGUCCGGCGGCCUUUUUAGCGAAAGGGCAAACUCGCAUUUGACUGGCCACUUCAAACCGGCUGGUAAUUUUCAUAACCGUGGCCUGUGACACAAGCGAAUUGCCACCAUGAACGAAGCGUGGACCGAGACGGCGUUCGACGGGCUCGACUUUAGCGUCGACGACGCGCAGCUACUCGCGACCAUGAUGGGGCAGACGCCGGCGCCAGCGCCGCCAUCGCUCCGGGAGCGGCAGCGCCUCUCGCUGCAAGCGCACCGCAAGCGCCAGGCCGAGGAACUCGCGUUUCUCAAACGCACGGUCGACGACCUCCAGUCGCAGCUCUCGCAGCUCAACCAAGUGCAAGUGCUGCAAGAGAUCAUGGCGCCGCCGAGCCGGUGGGAGCGAUUGGCCAAAGACGAGCGUCGGCGCCAAGUCGAGGCGUCGCAGGAGAACCGCCGCCUCAAGGCCGCGCUCGAAGAGCAGGUGCAGUUUGCCGAGUCGCUCGCCAAGCUUGUGCACAAGAAGCCGCGACUCCAGCUCUACGCCGACAGCCCGAGCGACGCGUGGAAGCAGUUCAAGCUCGUGGCCGACCCGCUCGUGCGCCUACAGGCGUUCCAUGCGAUCGUCGACCGGGACUACGCCAAGACCGACAGCGCGUUCGUUGAAGCCCAUCUGCACGACGCCGUCGAGCCGCGACGCGAGCACGUACCGAGAAUCGAAGGCGGUAUCGUUCUGCUCCAGACCAUCGUGCUCGUGCGGUGGCAGGUCGCAUUUGACAUGACCGCUGCCGCGAUCUGGGACGUCCUCCGUGGCGUGGUGCCCAUGGCCCAUGUGCCCGGCUCAUACACGCAGCUCACGAACGUCGAUGCACACACGUCGUAUGUGAGCAGCCUUCGGCAUCUCAAGCUCGGCUGCAUGCAGCGCCGCAUCAUCACCAAACGCUACAUCGAGUCGCCGACGCGCUGGAUCAUCGUGUGCCGCAACGUCCACGACGACGAAGUGCUGCCGUUGGAUGCAACCGCCGGCAUUUCCGAAGAAGUCAUGUGGGUGCUCAUUGAGCGCGAGCGCCACGAGACCGUGAUCAAGUACUUUCGAAAGGCCAGGCCGCCGCUCGUGAUGCAGCCAAGCGCGUCGGUCGAUGCAACGAGCAUUUGCGAAUACCUCAUCGAACUCAGCCAAAAACACACCGUGGGCUUUGAAAAUACCAUUCUCGACUUGAUUGAAGUCAGCGCGCUACAAGCUGCUUCGUUAGUUUAAGAACACGACUGGUCGCUGUUGUGUUUAUAUUUUUUGCUUCUG